UCGCUUUUCGGUAGCUUACAUUCAGCGUUCACUGUCGUCAGAACACUCAAGCCUCCCAUUCACUAGGUGGUAGGCUACUGAACCUCAAGCCUUUUGCUUGCUGUCACUGUUGACUCCUGCCGUUUCCAGUAGGUUAGCUAUGUUGGAAACGAAAGUUCCAUCCCCAGCUAGCUGAAACGACAACCCGGACGCUUCAUCAUAUUUCCCUUAUCUAGAACUUUCUAGACGUCAGGUGGAAGAAACAGUCGCUCAAUAAUGGCAAACGAGAGGAGUUUUCCUGAUACUUUCAUAAACGAGGAUCCACAGAAAGCUCUGGAGGAACUCAACGGGGCUUUGGAGGAAUCGUCUAAUAAUGCUGAAUGGCUCUGUCAACGAGCUUACGCCCACAUUCUGCUUAAAAAUUAUAGUCGUGCAGCAGAUGAUGCCAAAACAGCCCAGCAGCUUCAGCCAGGUCUAGCCCUCGCCUUUCUGAGAACCGGAAUUGCUGAGUACCACCUUAACAACUUCCAGUCUGCAUCCGAGGCCCUGCUGGAGGGACAGAAGCUUGACGGUGAGUCUUCACCCUGCUCCGACGACUCAUUCCAGAUAUGGCUAGAGCGCUGUGAUCACUCCAUGCAGACCCAGACCCAGAAUGGAGCCACAAACACGCAACCAGCCGCUGCGCCGCCUGUCAAGUACGACUGGUACCAGACCGAGUCCCAAGUCAUCAUGACCAUCAUGCUGAAGAACGCCAAGAAUGAGGACGUCAGGGUCAGCUUCGAGGAGAAAGAGUUGACGGCGUGUGUGAAGCUGGCGCUGGGAGAAGACUACUACCUUAAGUUGUGCCUCCUACAUGCCGUGGUCCCCGAGCAGUGCACUUACCGGAUCCUCUCCACCAAGAUCGAGAUUAAGAUGAAGAAGACGGAGGCCAUCCGAUGGGAGAAGCUGGAAGGGGAGGGCGUCCUGUCCAACGUCAAGCACUUUACCCCCAACCAGUACCCAUCAUCCGGCCCCUACACACGCAACUGGGACAAGCUGGUGGGAGACAUCAAAGAGGAGGAGAAGAACGAGAAGCUGGAGGGAGACGCUGCGCUCAACAAGCUCUUCCAGCAGAUCUACACGGACGGCUCGGAUGAAGUCAAGCGCGCCAUGAACAAGUCCUUUAUGGAGUCAGGUGGAACGGUCCUGAGCACCAACUGGACGGACGUGGGCAAGAGGAACGUGGAUAUGAGCCCCCCCGAAGAUGUGGAGUUUAAGAAGUUCUGAGCAGCAGAAGCAGAAGGAGAAGCAGAAGGAGAAGGAGAAGGAGAAGGAGAAGGAGAAGGAGAAGGAGAAGGAGAAGGAGAAGGAGAAGCAGAAGCAGAAGGAGAAGGAGAAGGAGAAGGAGAAGGAGAAGGAGAAGGAGAAGGAGAAGGAGAAGGAGAAGCAGAAGGAGAAGGAGAAGGAGAAGGAGAAGGGAGGACUUUCAGCACUCCUGCCAUCCGCUUGUCAAACCUGUGGCCGCACCCCUGCCUCCAUUUUGUCCGUACGUCCGGCUCGUAGCUCCGUAGGGAGAGCUGGGCUGCCAUCGUUCUCUUCAGUCACUCACUCAUUCUUUCAUUCACUCAUUCAUUCAUUCAUUCAUUCAUUCAUUCAUUCAUUCGUUCAUUUUUUCAUUCUACUUGGCAUGUUUUUAAAAAAACUAGUCUUUCUGAUUGGAUAUAGUGUACAUUUAUAUGAAACAAUGUUCUCUUUAGUGUUCACCGUGAAAAUAGAAAGUUUGAACGAGGAAGACCGGAAUUGUAAAGUAUUUUUCUUUCUUUCUUUUUUUUUUGUAAACUUCCUUUGGCACUCACUGUUCUCUCUCCUUUUAAUUUGCAACCCUAAGCACAUUGGCCAUCUCUGGAGAUCUAGUCAAGGAGGCUUUUCCAUCACUUUUAUGACAUGCUUUGGGGAUUGUCCAGAGUUAAAACAGAAUAAAGUGUAAAUAAAUAUUUUUUUUCUUGGUUCCAA